GAAAAAAACAGUAUAGUUAUUACAUUUGACUUUCAGUUUGGUACACAAUUUCUUGUUAAUGUCAGUGAGAAACCCUGGAAAUAUAUAUAUAAUAUAUACAUACAUACAUACAUACAUACAUACACACGUGUGAGUGUGUGUAGGCGCAAACUUUUAAAGCCAAUUUUUUAGCUAUCACCUGCUCCAUUGAAAGCUCAACGCAGUUUCACCUUGUGCACACCAAGAAUAAUAGGGUGCACACAAGGUUUCCGCGACAUCAAACCUAUUCAUUUUGGAGUAUAUAUGUCUGCCCUUCCGUCAUUCCAGCACAUUAGUCCAUUAAUAUGACCGUAUUUGUUAACUAUAUAAAAGAAAUAGGUAUAACAUGAUGGCGUUCCCUCUCUUUUUUUCGUGCCGCCAUUCCCACUUUCGCUUGUUCUAGCGCUGCUGCAGAUCCUCCCACUGCUUCCCCUAGGGGGAGGGCUAGCGCCGUCAGUGUACCUCACACGGUGCACUGUAAGCAUUACUUAAAGUUCUUUUCGGCUUCCUUUCGGUCCUUAUAGCUGCAACCCCAUUCAUUCCUAUUGCUAUAAUUACCUCCGUUCAUAUUUUCUUUCUUCCAUCUUCCUCUUCACCCUCUCUGACAAUUGAUUCAUAGUGCAACUUCAAGGUUUUCGUCCUGUUACACUUUUCAAACCUUUUUAUUGUAAAUUUCCUUUUCAGUGCUGAAUAACCUCGUAGAUCCCGGCACAUGGCAUUUAGCCUAAGUUCUAUAUUGUGUCUAUCUAUCUCUUAUGCAUGAAGCCUUAGUGGUAUUUUCAUUCAGCCUCCUUACCUUCCCUGUCAGACUCUCGGAAGUUAAAUUUCCUUCAUCUUGGGACUUGACGAUAAUGCCAUUGAAGAAGUGAAAUGAAGUGAAGUCACGAAGCUGUGAAAAAUGAGUAAGAAAGAGAGAGGUCUGAGUCAUGCGCCUAGUGACAGUCCUUUGCUUUGAUACGUGCAUCAUGCAUGGCAGCAAGUUUCAGGAGGUUGAGAAUUUCUUUACCACGAGCUGGAAAUGACGAAAUUGGUUCAUGACAAUGUUGAAGAAUCUCCAGAAAUAUCUGAAGAAAGAACACAGAACACCCAAAUGGAAGAAACUUUUUUCUGCCGAUAUACAAGAUGCUUCUCCAGUCACUGAUGAGUUGACUGUCUACCCAGGACCAGUGGAGAUUGGAAGGCUGGCUAUUUCAGCCACAAAUGAGAAAUUCCCUGCUGGCGUUGCUUCACGCCAUGGCCGGAGCAAUAGAAAUGUGGAAAUUGCAACGAACGAUAUUGUGAUUCAUUAUGAGUCUAACCAUUCUAAGGAGAACGAUGCCGUCGUAGAAAACGGCUCACAGAAUAUACCAGCUAGUGACGAUUUCGGAGUCUGUAGUAAUGAUACUGGCCAUCAAGAAAAGUGUGCUAGACCACAUGAUUCACCGAGACUUAAUCUCCAUGAAGAAUAUGUUGCAUGCAUUGACCCACAUGACAUUGAUUCUGAUGAACCCUGCAGGCUGCCUUUGGAAACACAAAUAACUAAUGAUGGUGAUGGAUCAAUAUUGCAUGUUGAGUUAUGCGGCACUGGUCCUAAUGAAGAAUGUACUGUAUCUCAUGACGCACCUGAAUUAACCUUGGAUACGCAGAGUAAUGAUAAUUUUGAAGGAUAUGCAACAUAUUUUGAUAAUAAUCAAACUAUUGAUCCUCUUGUAAAUCAAAAUAGUGAUCUUGGCAGAGUGUCGUUAGCAUCUUUAGAAACUCCAAAUAUUCAAGGAGGUAGGGAGUCUGCUGUAAGCUUUUGUAUGCAGAACAGUAGUUAUUGCGAGGGUUCUUUAGCCUGUGACGGUACACAAAGCAUUUAUUCUAUUGAUGAGUUACCCAAUGUGUAUCCUGUAGAAGAUAAAUGCCAAGAAGUGUCUGACUCAUCUUAUACACUGAAUACUGGACAUGGAGAAAAACAAAUAGUUUCUUUUUACAAUAAGCCCACUUUAAAGUGUCCAGACGAAGUGGUAUCUGAGGAUGCAGAAUAUUGUGACCACAGCCAAGAAUUGAAAAUUCAACAUACUGACGAGGAUACUCUUUCAGUAGAAGAUCUACAGGUGGUUGGCUCUGAUGAAGACCUUGAAGUAUCUAUUCCCAAUGGCUCAGUGUUUUGUGACGAAACUGGAAUAUCCGACACUUCCAACUUCAACUCAGAUAUAGAUUGUACAGUACAAUUUUAUCCUCAAAAUACUUAUGCUGAAGAAGUAUUUUUAACAUCUUCAGAUGAGCCCCACGCUUUACCAGUCAGAGACUUAUUUAUGAGAAACAGUCACAAAUCUACAGUGGCUACUAAGUACCCAUUUUUCAUGGUAAAGAAAAGCAAGACACCAAUGGCCAAAGUCAAACCUUGGGUUCGAAGUAAGAAAAUUGAUUAUCCAGUUGAGGAAGUCUCUCUCCAAAAAGUUUUGGACUUCUAUUUUUUACUUAUGGGAAGUUAUCCCCUCAUUAAGCUCUUAUCUGGAGAUUAUCUUACAUCCUGUGCACAAAAACAGCUCACAUCAUAUAAAUCACCUUUACCACUAAUGUGUGCAAACCCUGACAAUUUUUUGCCUGAAAGAGGUAGACCUAACUUUCCGAUGCUAAACAAUGAUGGUUGUGAGCAUUGUCCUACACUGACUAUUGCUGAUGGAAUCCAGUUAGCGCACCUAUUUAUACAAGAUAUGAAACAGAAUGUUGAUAUGAAUUUAAGUCAGAUUUUUAAGCAAGUUCACGAUCAUCAUUUUUAUUUAAGCCAAAGGCGUAAUGGUCCUGUGAAAUGUAACAGUAAAUAUAAAACUCAAAUUUCAAGUGAGAUUACUUUUGAAGAAAUCCUGUUCAGGGGAAAAAUAAUCCCAGACACCGAUGAAGAGGUUGAUAUGACUGCUAGCAGUUGCUCGUCGUCUUUUACUGAAUCAAGUGUUGGUUCUGUGUCAAGGCCACUUCUUAAUAGACACCAAGUGACUAGUUCAUCUGUGUUGAUGAUUAAUGAAACUGAUAAGGGGGAGUCUCUUGAAAAUUCAUCGUUGUCUUUGCACAGCAGAGAAGGCACCUGCGAUCUCUCGAUAAAUGACCUUGAUGUCCCUCCGUGCAGUAAGGGGGAUAAUAUGGGUGAGUAUGAUGAAUGCUCAGCUGAAGUUACGUCCGAGAAACAUCUGUAUUAUGAAAAGAGAUUUCCAGGAACUAAUGAAGAACUUGAAAACUUGAAUUCGGACCAUUUUCCAUCACCUGUUAUUGAAGAAGCAAAACAGACUGAUAUUCCAACAACUGAUAUUCCACAACCACUUUUUGUGAAUCACCCGACAACUCUAUCAGCUGGUGUGAUAACCAAUGAAACUGUCAAGAUAGAGCCACUUGAGAAAUCAUCAUCAUACCAGAACAGCACUUGUACAGUCUUAAGUAACGGACUUGAAAUGGUUGAACAUGAAGAUUGCAACAAAAUGACCUGUGCAGAAGAUGAUUUGCAUGGGCAGAAAUUUUCUGUAGUCUCAGAUAACCCAACAUGCUUGUAUAAUCAUGAUGGUGAAAUUUUUAUCCUUAAGAACAAGCAGUAUAUUAGGACCUACAUCCCACACUCUGGAAAAGUAGUGCAUGUCAACAUCAACCGGAAGGAAAUGUUUGGUUCUAAAGUUGGAUGUCAGGUUCUCUGGGAUGACGAAACUCCAGUUCCACUUUUUGAAGUUGACGAUGGCUGCAAGGUUAAAUUUGAUGCAAUUUUCUUGGCAGAAAAUAAUUCGUUCCAAGCCCUUGUUAUCUGGAAAAACAUGAAACCAAAUCGCGUCACAGAACCAUCAAAUAGAAGUUAUACUUUAAUCAGUACCAAGAAGGUCGAUUUCCAGAAAAUUGUUAUUAAAAAUGGUAAAAAAUACGCACAGGUUUAUUUGGAAGGCGCAACGCUCUUGGCUGAGAUAUUGAGGGGCGCUGUGUUUUUAGAUGGCAGGCAUUGUGGCUAUGCAGAGCUUUUUGCCUCGUCAAAGACCAUUUUCUGUAAAAUAUCAAAAUUAUUAUCAGGGCGACAAGGAGGCUAUUAUAUAUAUGUCUGCUCUUGCCUGUGGUCUGGCACCAUGCCACCGGAAGCUGAGAUGCCAGUGUCUUUUAAAAUGGGAGAAAUUUACAGAUUGACAAGUAAUACAUUUGUUUCAGAUCCCAUCCCCCUUCGCCUGUACUGUGAUAUAAAUGGCUUUCUUAGGGGAACAGCAGAAGAUUGUAAGCUAGAAUUUCAAGUGGGAAAUAACCCUCUUAGUAUACCCUUUUCUAUAGAAGACCUGCAUUUUGGUAAUUGUAAGGUCAAGCUUGCUCGUGACCCUGAUAAUUUAUCAGUGAAAGCCGAUGUUUUACAAGUUUCAGAUUCUCAGUGGCAUGUUUUAUUAUCACAGAUAUCUGAGAAUAUUGUACCAAAUGAAACUGCCAACUUAUUUGAAAAACCAGGUCCUGAAUUAACCGGUGUAAAAGGAGAGAACUUUGUUUGUGAAGAACUUCAGCUGGAAGAUCACCUACAGAAAAGAACCAUUUCUGAAAUGUCAUCAGUUGAAGAUAUUGAGGCCAGUUAUAAGCUGUCACCUUCCAAGCAUAAAGCUCGAGUUUCUUCAAACCCAAUGUCAGCAGAAGAACCCUCCGGAGAAUGUGGGCAGAAGUCAACAAAAACUGUACAUGCCUUUUUACAGACGUUAGUUACUGGAUCAGGAAUCGUGUCAUCUACAGAACCUGAUGUUGAUUCUAAGCAGAAGAAUGAAACGAAGCAUGAGAUUAGUACUACGAAUGGAGAAAAUGAGGGGCGAAGGAAAAAUGGAAGGGACGCGGUUACCACGACGGCGCAGAGAGGUCACUGUAGAAAGAAUAAGGCAUCUGCUCAUUUCGUAAAUCCAAAGUUCUUAGGAGAUGCUACUGGUUCUCUGACUAGUGCUGUGGGUGAUUUUGGAGUACUGACGGUGAGCAAUAAGCAGCUUAGUGGUCAAGUUCUGGCAAUUUUCCACAAAAAUGUGACUUACGUAAACCGUUGGCCAUUGUUCAAAGAUGUUCUCUUCUGUGAACAACUAGAAAAUUUACCUUCUAAAAUCUGGCAUUGUUCCCUGAAACAGAGUCGAGGGCGCAUUGGAGGUAUGGAUGUGGACUACGAGGCAACCCUAGCCUGGCAGGGUUUCAAACCAACGGUGGAUGAUAUUCAUUACUUCGCAAACUUGCCUAGCGAUAAUCCCUUCUGGUAUAGUAACUCUCAUCGAAUCGAUGGUGCUCUUGAAACCCUUGUUUUCUACAAUGGAAUUUACAACGAGAACCAUUCACUAAACGAUUCGCAUCGUCAUUUGUCGCUCAGUGAAGAAGAAUAUGUCACGGACGACCUGGCGGAUUAUGCUAGCUUGUUUCCUACCAUAAUAUCGGACUGCGAGGUAGAGAUUGUCGAUGCACCAAAAGUUACUUCACUGUACACAAGGGCUUUUCAGCAAAGACCAGAGUUCGAUUUUGGUGUCAAGGAACUAUUCCAGUCUCCUGCUUCAUCCAGUGAUGGAGUAGGCUUGAGCUUCAUCUGUACCUGGGAGUUGUUCAGCUCGGGUUUUCUACAGCGUCUCCCGCUAGUUUGACGGAGGAAAAAUGCAAAAGAAUAUGCCUUUUAUAACAUGUCAAAUAGCAGGUGAUAUGGUUUUAUUUUGCCAUUGGAGUUAAGUGACUUGCGUUUUGUUUUAUUACAAGAACAGUGUAUUUUUGUUUAAUUUUCAACGGUAGAGAGAGACAAUUUGCCCUUGAAUAAUUUUUUUAUAUAAUUAACUUGGAUAUUUUUCAUAUUAUGUACAAUUAAAGAAUAUUUUAGCUCUAGUUUUGAUCUCGGAAGAAUAAAUGGUGGUCAUCUGUUUAA